AUGUCUGCUAUCACAUCAACAAUUACUCCAUUUAGAGCUCUAUUAAUAGGUGGUGGAUGUUAUUCAAUUUUUACUGUUAUGAUGUUUAAAAAUUAUUUUAAAAAUUCAUCAAUGAGAAAAAUUUAUACUACUGCUGAUUCAAAUUAUGAAAAAGUUCAUCCAAUGUCAUAUCCUCAAUAUGAAGGGAAUGUUCAACCUGCUAAAUAA